AGUAUGAAAGAAAGAAAGAAGAAAGUAGAUAAACAUAAGAGAGAAGAGGGAGCAGUAACAGUAGUAACUAGUAAGAGUGAGUGAGUCACCCAGCGAGUCCCACCAACACCAACACCACUCCCUCACUUCCAAAUUCUAAACCAAGUCAUCAAUCAAUCAUCAUCUCUUCCUUAUCCAUCGAUAACUCCAAAGCCACUCUCACCAGAAAACCAGGCCUCCAUAUCCACAUCUGCAUGCUCCCUCAAUUGCCACAAACACCAUAGCCAAUGGGAACCGGUGCCUCCAAGGAAGGCGAAGAAGGAGGAGCCACCAACCCAGACGGCCAAGAUGAUACACCCGAUGGCCAAGGACACGCCUCCGCUCAUCACGACGGCGGCCAGCUCUACGUCUCACUUAAGAUGGACAAGAACCACACCCUUACCGCCGACCUCGUUCCUCACGUGUUCGGCUCGGUUCCUCUCAUCGGCUCUUGGGACCCUUCCAAGGCACUUUCCAUGGAACGAGAAUCUGUUUCAAUGUGGGAGCUCAGCUUUGUUGUUCCACCAAAUCACGAAACUUUGGACUUCAAGUUCCUGUUGAAGCCUAAGUACUGCAAUGCGCCUUGUUUUGUUGAGGAGGGUCCAAGCCGCCAACUCAUUGGGGGAGCGCUGAAAGAGGACGCCAAGCUUGCUUUGUUCAGGCUUGAAAAUGAUGAAGUUCUUGAGUAUAAAGUAUUUGUAAAAGCAGACAGGGUCUCUCCUUUUGACCUUGCAGCUAGCUGGAGGGCUUACCAGGAGAAUUUUCGUCCGUCGUCUGUACGUUGGAUGCCUGAUGUCAGCAUAAAUUCGGCACCUCAGCCAGGUGGUGAGAAUUGCUCUUCGGCCGGUUUAGACCUUGAUCUUGAGCAUUAUGUUGUUCCAGCACCCUCAACUUCGGCAAAUUCAGCCUUUGUAUAUGCAGCUAACAUGACAGAGACUCCAAGGUCACUAACUAGUGGUUCAUAUUCCUUCAAGGAUGGUGGUGCUUCUGCUGAUCGCCCUACAACAAUAAAGGAGAUGGAGGUUAUCGUGCCUGAUUCUUCUAAGGCCUUUCCAACUUCUGGAAUGGUUGAGUCCAAGUCAGUGGGAUCGUAUUCGCCUCUGCAAAGGCAAGAGAGUCAGAGGGGGCUUUUUGUUGAUAGGGGUGUUGGAUCCCCAAGACUCAUAAAAUCUUCUAGUUCUAAUAUCUUCACUCAUGAUCUUAAUUUAGAUAAUGAUACCAAGAAUUCAAUGCCAGCCGCUGCUGGAGCUGUUGCAGCUGCGGCUGUUGCCGACCAGAUGCUGGGUCCCAAGGAGGAUAGACAUUUGGCGAUUAUCCUGGUAGGUCUGCCAGCGCGAGGUAAAACAUUCACUGCAGCUAAACUUACAAGAUAUCUUCGUUGGUUAGGUCAUAAUACCAAACACUUCAAUGUUGGAAAGUAUCGUCGCCUUAAGCAUGGAGCUAAUCAGUCCGCAGAUUUCUUUGCAGCUGAUAAUCCUGAAGGUGUGGAAGCACGUAAUGAGGUAGCAGCGCUGGCAUUUGAAGAUAUGGUAUCUUGGAUGCACGAAGGUGGUCAGGUGGGGAUAUUUGAUGCCACAAAUAGUAACAAGAGGCGAAGAAACAUGCUGAUGAAAUUAGCUGAAGGAAGAUGCAAGAUUAUCUUCCUGGAAACAAUAUGUAAUGAUGUAAACAUAAUCGAAAGGAAUAUACGUCUUAAAAUUCAGCAAAGUCCUGACUAUGCAGAAGAGCCGGAUUUUCAGGCUGGAUUGCAAGACUUCAAAAACCGUCUGGCCAAUUAUGAGAAGGUUUAUGAGCCAGUAGAAGAAGGAUCUUACAUAAAAAUGAUUGAUAUGGUCAGUGGACAUGGUGGGCAAAUACAAGUGAACAAUAUCAGUGGCUACCUUCCUGGCCGAAUUGUCUUUUUCUUGGUAAAUACACACCUUACACCUCGCCCAAUAUUACUUACUCGGCAUGGAGAAAGUCAGGAUAAUGUAAGAGGCAGAAUUGGAGGAGAUGCCGCAUUAAGUGAGGCUGGAGAACUCUAUAAAAAGAAGCUUGCCAACUUUGUUGGAAAGCGUCUCAAAUCAGAGCGGGCUGCUUCUAUAUGGACCAGUACGCUACAGAGAACAAUCCUGACAGCAAGUCCAAUUGUUGGAUUUCCCAAGAUACAAUGGCGAGCACUUGAUGAGAUAAAUGCUGGGGUGUGUGAUGGUAUGACGUAUGAAGAGAUAAAGAAAAACAUGCCAGAGGAGUAUGACAGAUCUCGCAAGAAGGACAAGCUUAGGUAUCGUUAUCCUCGCGGAGAGUCUUAUUUGGAUGUCAUUCAAAGGUUAGAACCUGUAAUUAUUGAGCUUGAGCGACAACGAGCACCAGUGGUUGUGAUAUCUCACCAGGCAGUUUUGAGGGCAUUAUAUGCUUAUUUUGCUGACAGGCCUUUGCAAGAAAUUCCACAUAUAGAGGUGCCUCUUCAUACAAUAAUAGAGAUACAAAUGGGAGUUACUGGUGUCCAAGAGAAAAGAUACAAACUAAUGGACUGAAAAAUGAACUGAUGAGAAGCUCUCUUGCUUAUGUUGUGUCUUGUAUAGACAAAUUAUGGAUUCUCCUUCUUCUUUCAAAUUGUUAAAAAUGUAUUAUUCCCACAAAUGGAUUACAUUAUUAUCAUAAAGAAGGGAAGUCAUGCUCUUCAAACUCAACAUUUGUUUCAUUUCAAGUGUAAAUGAUGUUCUCUUUGUAAGACAUUACAUUAUACUUCAUGGCUAAUACAAAUUCCACCAAGUUUCUUUCA